CCGCCCAGCUCCGGGGCGGGGCUCGAGAACCUGGUGCGCACGCGCACCGCGCGUCCUCCCGCAGGGCCUGCUGGGCGCCGGGACACCGGAGAGUGAGCUCCGCGAAGCGCGGCGGCGACAUGUGGCGGCCGUUGCAGCUCUGCCCCUUCCACUUGGCUCUGCUGAGGAGCAGGCGGAAGCCCUGGCCUUGCCCUGCAGUGUUCUUCAGGAGGAACUUCAGGGGCCCACCUGCAAGGUCCUCGAGUCCCUCGUCGCUAUGGAAGAGGACGCUUUCCACCACUGUGUUGGGGGUGCCCCUGCUCCUUGGAAUCCACUAUUUCACAGCAGAGGCCCGGGAGAAGAGGAAGAUGCGGCUUGUGGUAGAUGGCUUUGGGCGCUUUGGCAGGUCCCUGGGGAUUGGCCUGUACAUCUCCCUGGACUACUGGUGGUGCACAAAUGUCAUCCUGCGAGGGGUGGAAGAGAACAGCCCGAGGUACGUGGAGGUGAUGUCUGCUUGUCACCAGCGGGCAGCUGAUGCCCUGGUGGCAGGGGCCAUCCGCAAUGGUGGCCUCUACGUGAAGCUGGGCCAGGGACUAUGCUCCUUCAACCACCUGCUGCCACCAGAGUACAUCCGGACACUGCGUGUACUGGAGGACCGGGCCCUCACUCGGGGCCUCCAAGAGGUUGAUGAGCUGUUCCUAGAAGACUUCCAGGCACUGCCCCUUGAGAUCUUCCAGGAGUUUGACUACCAGCCAGUGGCUGCAGCAAGCCUGGCUCAGGUGCACCGUGCCAAGCUGCACGAUGGCACUGCUGUGGCUGUGAAGGUGCAGUACAUUGACCUGCAGGACCGCUUUGAUGGGGACGUGCACACCCUGGAGCUCCUGCUGCAGCUCGUGGGGCUCAUGCAUCCCAGCUUCAGCUUCAGCUGGGUCCUGCAGGACCUAAAGGGGACCCUGGCCCAGGAACUGGACUUUGAGAAUGAGGGCCACAAUGCCGAGCGCUGCGCAGAGGAGCUGAAGCACUUCCCCUAUGUCACCGUCCCCCGAGUGCACUGGGACAAGUGCAGCAAGCGUGUGCUAACAGCCGACUUCUGUGAGGGCUGCAAGGUCAACGACGUGGAGGCCAUCGAGAGCCAGGGGCUGGCAGUACGGGAUGUAGCAGAGAAGCUGAUCCAGGUUUUUGCCGAGCAGAUAUUCUACACAGGCUUCAUCCACUCCGAUCCCCACCCUGGCAAUGUUCUGGUGCGGAGAGGCCUGGACGGGAAGGCAGAGCUGGUGCUGCUGGACCAUGGGCUUUACCAGUUCCUGGAUGAGAAGGACCGGUCAGCGCUGUGCCAGCUGUGGCGCACCAUCAUCCUGAGGGACGAGGCUGCAAUGAAGGAGCAUGCAGCUGCACUUGGUGUAAAAGACUACUUGCUGUUCUCUGAGAUGCUCAUGCAACGGCCCGUGCGCCUAGGGCAGCUGUGGCACUCCCACCUGCCCAGCCACGAGGAGGUGGCCUACAUGCAAGAAAUGGCCCGCAACCACUUCGAGGCCAUCAUGCAGGUGCUCCGGGCACUUCCUCGGUCCAUGCUGCUUGUGCUGCGCAACAUCAACACGGUCCGUGCCAUCAAUGUGGCUCUUGGCACCCCUGUGGACCGCUACUUCCUCAUGGCCAAGAGUGCGGUCAGAGGCUGGAGCCGCCUGGUGGGUGCAGCAUACCUGGGUAUCUACGGCAGUGGCCUCCUGCGCCACAUGAAGGUUGCCUGGGAGGUGUUCAAAUUUGAGGUGGCUCUGAGGUUGGAGACCCUGGCCAUGCGGCUCGGCGCCCUCCUGGUUCGUGUUCUGGUCCACCUGGGCCUUGUGCCUCAGGCCGAGGAGCUCUACCAGUACCUGGAGACAUAGAUCCCCAGGGCCAGGAUGACCACACAGCUGCUCGUAGCCCUGGCCCACUGACAUCAGGCAGUCGGGUACCUCACACUGUGGGGCAUGGGGCAGUCAUGGCCUGAAGCAGGGGAAGCAUUGUGGGGCCCUGACCAGCAAUGACCACACACUCGUCUCAAACAA